UUUUUUUCUAUAAAAACACAUUUUUCAAUAAUCUAAUCAAUUCGAAUCUUAAACGAUAUACUAAAAACAAUUAGUAAACAAUUAAUCCAAAGAGUUUGUGGCUGCGUCAUACAAGUUGACGAAUAUUUCGAAAUAAUUGCUCCGUGAAUCGAAUUGGCAAAUUAAAGGAAGAAAACAAAACAGGAUAAAGCAAGGCAUCAACAUGGAUAUAUCCGUUCAUCCUCUCACCCACAAUCCCACCAUGGCAUGGAAGGAAAUUUCCAAAACUCAACGUGUCAUAAAAGUCACCAUGAAACCCCCGCAGACUGGUGUGGCCUUUAAUAAAGCACGCGUCGUGUGUAUGAGCGAUACACAUUCCCUGACGCCCUAUAUGAAAUUUGAUAUUCCUGAUGGUGAUAUUUUCAUUCAUGCUGGCGACUUUACCAAGUGUGGCCACAUAGAUGAGGUGGUGGAAUUUAAUCAAUGGAUUGGCACACUACCGCAUAAACAUAAAAUUGUGAUUGCAGGAAAUCAUGAGCUGAGUUUUGAUGCGUCAUUUACUCAUCCUUUUCAAAAUAAGAACAAUUCAGAGAGAACCAAACAUACAGGCAUGUCGAUACUCGAUGACUUGCCUACCUUGGGCAAUACCAAAGAAAACAUUGCUGAUGCUGUACAAACGCCAAAUAUUCGCGAAGUCCUUACAAACUGUACCUACAUAGAAGACGAAUUACUGGAGAUAUGGGGCAUACGCAUCUAUGGUAGUCCAUGGCAACCGGAAUUUUGUAAAUGGGCUUUUAAUGUGCCCCGUGGUCUGCCAUGUCUUGAAAAAUGGAAUAAAAUACCUGCUGAUAUUGAUAUUCUUAUAACACACACUCCACCUGUUGGCCAUGGUGAUCUAUGCUGUUCGGGUGUACGGGCCGGAUGUGUUGAAUUACUGACAACCAUACAGAAACGAGUGAAGCCAAAAUAUCAUGUCUUCGGUCAUAUACAUGAGGGUUAUGGUAUUACCUCAGAUGGACGUGUAAUUUAUGUUAAUGCCUCAACAUGCGAUAUCAACUAUUUACCCAAUAAUCCACCAAUUGUUUUUGAUGUCACGCUGCCAUCUGGUAUGCGUAAAGAUGAAUAGAAGUAAGUUAGUGGGAGUAAAACAAUGGGAGCGAGAGUUGGGACGAGAUAUUAUUAUACACUUAGCUAAUUUACUCGAACAAAAUGUGUGUUUUCUAGUUCAGUUGUUAUAUAUGUUUUAUUAUUUUAUUUUUAAUUGUGUAUAUAUUUUUUGUAUAUACAAUU